UAUUAUUGUUAGGGUUAAAUUAUUAUCAUUAUCUUGUGUACAAAAGUAGUUGAAGAAUUCUUGAUAGAUGUCGGUGCAUAAAAUUUCCUAACCUUUAAACGCACAUGGUGGUGAAUGAAAUUGAUUUUCUAAUUCGAUAGAAAAUUUUUUUUAAAUUAAUUAGUUUAAUAGAACCAUACUUAAUCGAAGCAGAAAGAAGAAGUUUUGCUUUCUUUAAAAUUUAAAGCAUGAAAAAAAUGGCGAUAUAAUUUGCAUAUUGGAACCCAUCUAGAAACGUUGGUAUGUAAAAGGAAUGUAAACAUUGGAUAAAGAAUUGUUUUUAAAAAAUAGUGAAUUAUUUUAACAACUGUGAUAAAUAUCUCUGACAAUGGAGGAAAGUAGAGAAGAGUGUGAGAUUCCCCCGGUGUCCAAGAGUGUCCUUGAAAUUCUUGAGAAUUAUUGUGAUGUGAACAGCAAUCAAGAGGCUACGAAUGUUGACGAGUUGAUGCCGUGGGUAAGAAAGUCUUUGUAUGACUAUAACGAUCCUGAGAGGUUCCUAAUUGUUAAAAAUGAUGAUGGUGGACGUGGGGCACGACCUCGUGGAAGAUUAGCGAGAUCGUUGAUCAAAUCUUCAACCAAACGAAAGACAGUUGAUAAUGAGCAUCAGAGCGACGAUGUCCAGGGUUCUGAUGAGGUGUUAAAGAGGAUUGGAAUCCCCAAGAGCAGGAGGAGUUAUGUGUUUAGUGGGAGGAAAUCUACGGGGAUGUGGGAAAUGGUCACAGAGGGAGGGGAAGCCAUGGAGGUUGAUGGGCAUGUAAGUGAGCCUGAUGGGGACCCCUUGAAGAUGACUCCCCUGAAGGUAAGUCCACGCAGUUGUACGUCUGAUGAGAAGCUGAUGGUGACCCCCCUGAAGGCCAGAGGGAUUUGCCUCAGCCCAGGCGCCGAAGACGAGGCCAUUCAUUACUCUGCGAAAAGCCAGGAGGAUUUCUCCAUCGAGGGGGUGUCGUUCUUCAACAAUUUUGAUGUUUUCAACGAGAUUCUGAAUGAUAAAACGAUGAGCAGUCUCCUAGGGGACGAUGAACCCCCACAAAUCCAUACAGACUUCGAUAACUAUGACAAUUCCAUCCAUGAUAAUGAAGAUCUCGAACCCAACGAACAACGAGACAGAGAAGAGUCUUCAUACGAAUCCCGUCGAAGAUCCUCGCGUAUCAAAACCCCGACCCGAAAUGAACACCUUGAGCUAGAUGACUCAUCACUCGAGGAAAUCAUGGACGAACCCACGGAGGAGCCUCUCUCCGACGCCGUGAUCCGCAAACUUCGGAACAUAGUGGUGAAGUUGGAGCAUUCAGUACCACCCCAACACCAGAUCGAACCAGGGACGAUCCGCAGGGGCAUAACCCCUGAAGAGAGACUCCAGUUCAAGAAGUACAGCGUCCUGAAGGGGGGCAGAUUCUCCACCGAGGAGAACGAAAUUCUGAAGAAGAACUGGAAGCGCUUCUGCGAGGUCCAUGGCCUGGACAUUCCCCAGACCCACUUUUUCAAGUGUAGGUAUCAGGGGAAGAUGUACAUAGAGGAUCCCAACGAAAGGAGAAAGUUCGUCAUGUUCCUGGCACAGGGACUACCCUCGAGGACCCUGAGAGCUGUCUACGUCAGAUUCCGAAUCAUGUUUGGUUUCCGAAAGCAAGUCAAGUGCAAGAGGUACACAGAGGAGGAGGACGAGAAGAUCAUGAAGUACAUGACCUGCCAGCUUCCCGUGAGGAAAUCCGAGGUGUUAACCAAGCUGCUGGGAAGGCCGUAUGGAUCGAUCUAUCAGAGGUAUUUACAGCUGAUGAGAAAGAGGAAGAAGAAUUCCCCCAGGACCAGUGUCAGCUGGACCCUCGAACUGAUGGAGAAGUUUUUGAAGAAUUUACUCGACGUGACGAUCAGCGAGGAUGUGAGGGACCUCAAGGACGCCAUGAUUCCGAAUGUCGUUUGGCGGAAACUCCAGGACAUCAUGAACAUCGAGUUUACUGUGCUAAAAAAGUUCUGGGCGCUGCAGCUACACGCACAACUCUUCUUCCCCAGGCCGAUUUAUUUCAACGAGAUUAAGAUUAUGCUGAUUGAAUAUCUUUAUGGUACGGGCAUCACUAAUGGUGAGGAAAUUGACUGGCGGAGGGUUAACAGAUGCUUCGAUGGACUGACUACGCAAUUCUUGAGUAAGAUGUGUCCUAGGCUUGUAAAGAACAGCAAAAGCAGGACCUGGGGGGAGCUCAUUGAGAGGCUUUAUGUGGAGAAAAUUCCUAUCUUGAAGAUUGUUGAGGAUAGUUACUUGCCAAGGGUCAGGUGGGAGGCGGGGAGACUGAAAGUUAUCGAUGAAUUUGUGGAUGGAGUUUCAUAAGUCCCUUCCGUCCUGUUAUGACGACAAAAAUUUUAUGGUUGUUUUAGAAGCGUUUGAUUUACCUUCAUGUGUGAUUGAUCUUCGCCCCUUGAUGAAUUUUAACAUUAUUUAGUUAUUAAACAUUAAUAAAGCUGGGACUGAAAGUGAAUGAGUUAUAUUCCGAAUUCAUCGAAAAAUCCUUUAUUUUCAACACCCUUACAUUUUGAAAGACUUAGAUGAUAAAAUGACGGUGUGUAAAUGCAUUGUAAACUUAUUAUCGUAAUUUCAUAAUCGGCGAUUAAAUAAUUUAGUUAACAA